UGAACGCAGCAUCAACCGGCUAUUUGCUGACGAGCUGUCGCCUUCCGAAACAGCUGGUAGUUUCUGUCAGCGAGCAACUCGUCUCGAAAGCCACAUUUCGAGCGUCCAAAGCGACUGACUCGGCCUCGCCUUGACUCGCAGCUGGGGUUGUGCCGGGUCUCGGCAGAUGACAUGCCUUAAUGUCUACUUUUCCAGGCACUUGUUAGCACGACAAGUGAAGCUCCGGAAAGCUAACGUUAGCUAAGCUAAUCAACGAGGACGAGUGUGGGGGUUCCUGUGUGUGAGGUUGAAGCGACUGCUUCGUGUCAACAUGACUCAUAUACAUUAUAAAUUUUCCUCCAAACUCAGCUACGCCACGGUGGUGUUCGACGGCCCCCACGUCACGCUGACGGACCUGAAGGAGGAGAUCAUGGGAAGGGAGAGGCUGCGAGCUGGCGACUGCGAGCUGCAGAUUACCGACGCGCAAACCAAAGAAGAGUACACAAAUGAGGAAGGGCUCAUCCCCAAAGGCUCGUCGGUAAUUGUCAAGAGGGUGCCAAACAUGAAAGUCAAGAGUGGCUCUGUCAAAAAGAUUCAAAUCACUGAGCGCUCUGAUGCCCACAGCCACGUCGCCUCUGGAGACAUCAAAGCAUUUCAGGGUGCCAGAGUGCAGGAGCAAAAGACAUCCUGGAAUGACAAGACUGUGAUGGAUGACCAGAGUUCUUCUAAAACCCUACGUUUUUUCUCCAAGAUGGUGAACCUUGCAGCUGCUGAUGUGUCAGAAGAUGAUAAGAUCAAAGUAGUAAUGAAUCAGUCAUCGUACGACCCCGGGAUUUACAACAGAAAGUUUGGUGGCGUGCUCCCUGCCAACUACACCUGUUACCGCUGUGGAAACACUGGACAUCAUAUCAGGAAAUGUCCAUCUAGUGGGGAUAAGAAUUUCGACAUGCCAAAGAUAAAGAAGAGCACAGGCAUCCCUCGCUCCUUCAUGGUGGAAGUGGAUGACCCCACCAUUAAGGGAGCCAUGAUGACUAACUGCGGACGUUUUGCAAUUCCUGCCAUUGAUGCUCAGGCGUAUGCCAUCGGCAAGAAAGAGAAGUAUCCAUUUUUGGUCCAAGAAGAGAGUGAACCAAAGGAUGUGGAAGUCCCUGUACCUGAGGAGCUCCAAUGUCUGAUCUGUCAUGACCUGCUUGUGGAUUCGGUAGUCAUACCCUGCUGUGGAAACAGUUAUUGUGAUGAGUGUAUUCGUACGGCCUUGCUGGACUCAGAAGGGCACAUUUGUCCCACCUGUAACCAAGCCGAUGUCUCCCCUGACACAUUGAUAGCCAAUAAAUUCCUUCGUCAGGCUGUAAAUAACUUUAAGAAAGAGAAAGGUGACACCAGUAGUGUGAAAAGAAACUCUGGCAUCCCUCAGUCACUGACUGCAACACCAACACCAAUUGUUGUUCCUACUCCUUUGACUGUCCAACAACAUAAGAUCCAGCUGUCCACCCCCAGUCAGAAGACUGAUUUUCAGGAGUCUGGGGAUCAUCCUGUUUCCAGCCUACCACCUUGUGUUGAAGCUGAAGUAAAAACACAAGACGAUUCAGUGGCUGAUGUGCCUUUUGUGCCUUUCUCAAACAAAGACACCACACCUGUUCCAUCACAGCCAAUGAUACUGGUUCACAAUGACCAAGAGCAGAAAUCCUCAAGUCAAACACCAACCAGCUUGCAUAGUUCCUCCUCAUCCUCAGUUGUUCCCAUGGGAGUUGCAACUGAAAUCCGGCACCUCCCUCCCUCUUCAUCCUCCCAGCCACCUGCUCCUCUGCCUUUCUUCCCCACCCACCACUUCCACUCAUUCCCUCCAGCCCAGCAGUAUCCAAGACACCCAGUGGCCCUACCUAAUUGGAUUCACCUAAACCCUCCGGGUGCCACCCUCCCUCCCCUCAUCUCCUCUUCCUCCUCCUCCUCCUCCUCCAUCCCCCCUCUCAUCCAGAGUGACUGGUCCAGCCAUAAUAGACACAGGAGGGAAAGGUCUCCUCACAAACGAUCCACCUACAGACGCUCCUCUCGCUCAAAGUCAAAAUCUUCUCGCUCAUCCAGCAGGUCUAGUCGGUCCCGCUCAAGAUCCCAUGGCAGAUCAAGGGCCAGGUCACCCUACUCUCGUCAUAGAGAACCACAUACCCGCACAAAUCCCUCACGCUCCUAUAGCUACGGUUACAAGAGGUCCCACUCGCCCACGCCGUCUUCAUCAUCUUCACCCCGGGACGGUUCUCAUUCUACAUCGCAGUCAGAUCACCGUAGAAAACGGCAUCAAAACAAAAAGUCCUCUCAUAGAAGCUACAAAUCCCGGAGACGAGCAGAACACUCACCAGACUCUUCCAGAGAAGCUGAAGGCCAUUCAGGGCAGUGUGAUGCAAAUGAACCAACUAGUAGCCAGGACCCAAAUAAUGAUUUCUACCAACAAUGGAAAAAACAAUACAAAGAGUGGUAUGAGAAGUAUUUCAGCACUUAUGUCAGCCACUACCACCGAUUGCCGCCUCCUCUGCACUCUCUCCCUCCUCCCCCAAAUCCACCAUGGGCAGACGGAGCAGAGAACCACUCAAGCUACAAGUUAGACUCGUUCAGUCAGCUCCAACAAACGGGUAUGACUUUGACGCACCCCAACACCCCUCCCUCUCAAUCGUCCAGCGACAGCCGCUCCAGUCACUCUCAGUCUUCCAGCGAGGGUCGCUCCCCUCUGUCUCAAUCUUCCAGUGCCCGCAGCGACACUCACUCUCGCUCGCCCUGUGACAACCCCUCGCCACCGUCCAAGAGAGGGAGCGGCAAGAAGGAUGGCCGUAAACAGGGAGCAACUGCAAAUGCAGAACAGGUUCCUGUCAUCAAGUCUGAACAGGAGAGAAUGAAAAAGUAUGAUAAAGACGUGGCAGAAGACAACAGGUGUUCCCCUGAAACUGCACGCUCAAAAGGCAAGAAGGACAAAAGAAGGGAUCGUACUACUUGCAGGGACUCAUUGCCAGACAGAGAUGCCUUUGAUUCUGUCCAAAAGCCACUCAAAUCAAAUAAAAAUGAGAGAGAGAAACAAGAGAGAUCAGAAAGUAGAUGUAAAAAAGGCAAAGAUUCAAAGUCUUCCCGGCAGGAUGAAGAGAGGUAUCAGAAAGCCAAGUCCAGGGAAAAGCCGCAUAAAGUGGAAAAAGAUGCACACCUUGAGGUCUAUAAAGCUUUGAAAACCCAAAGAAAGGGUAAAAGAGUGUGUGAGGAGGAAAAUAAAGAAAAAAGUCAUAUUACAACUGAAAGCAGUGGGUACUUGCAAACCAACUUUGAAAUCACCAAGGGUGAAUGUCCUCAGCCUGUUGACAAAGAAAAGCAAAAAGAGCAAAAAAAAGACCGACUCUCUCCAAAAGUUAAAAACAUCUGGGAAGAAGGAAUGCAAGUUAAACCACGGAAGAAGAUUGGAAUCAACAUCAACCUGGAUCGGCAAAGACCUGAAGAAAAGACGGCAAUACAAGAAUGGUCUCGUUCAGAGAGAAGUGAUGCGAAAGAAGAUGACGAGAAGGUAGAUGCAGAAAUUCCAACAACCGCAACGCAACAAGCAACUGACCUUCAAGAGCUUCGGGGAGCAGACAAGGUAGAUGAGACAGAAUCCAAAAAAGAAGACGAGUGGCAGAAGGAGAAUGAGGAAGACGUGAGCAUGAGAAAUGAUGAUGGAAGAAAAGACGUUGGGGAGGAUGAGAGCAUUAGAAAUGAUGAUGGAAGGAAAGAGACUGGGAAUGUGAAGGACAAUGAGGAGGAUGAGAGAGCGACAAAUGGAGAAAAAGAGAGUCAGAUAUUGAAGGAGAGUGAGGAUGAUGGUAAGAGAGUGACAAAUGACAAUGGAGCCAAAGAGAGUCAGAUUGUCAAGGAGAAUGAGGAAGAUGACAGCGUAAUAAAUGAUGACAUCGGAAAAGAAAGGGUGUGUGUGAAGGGGAUUGAGGAGGAUGACAACGUGACAAAUGAUGAAAGAGCAAAAGAAAAAGGCAAGUCGGUUGCCGCUACUGAAAAGAUGACAACAAAAGAGGAAAAUAGUGAAGUGCUGGCUGAGGAGUCAAAGCCAAAAGAAGAACUAGUGGCGGGAGUGAAGAUGAGUGGUGAAGACAUUGCCUCUGUCAUGACGUCGCAUUCCAGUGAGAGGCCAAACAUUACAGUAGAGAGUGGCUGCAACACUUCCAUGGUGGAUCACAGGGAAGGUGAGGACUCUCUGGAGGGGGCAGUCGAGAUAACAACACAUCCACAAGAGCAGGAGCACAGUGAAGAGGACACACUUGAGCUUGUGCAGGCACCUCUCUCCAUAUUGGACAAAGAGCACCCUGAAGAGGAUGAACAGGAGGUUCUUCCAGUUGUGCCACCCUCACCAAUUAUGACACCAGGCCAACCGGAGGCUCAUGGAGAGAGUCAAAUGUCAGAUGGAAUGCGGACAGGGGAGGAAAACGGGGAGAGAAACCCUUGUCUGGCUCUUCCUAGAGACCAAUGCGCAAGUCUCACGAGGGACACUGAGAUGGAGGGAAAUGUUGGCGCUGACACGCCACAUGAUCAUGAGAGAGACUGGAAGGGUGAGGAGGACAAGAAAGUAAGCGAUACUGAAAAAGAGACAGAACAAGAGCUGCGGAUCCUACCAGAACUCCAGUCAUCCUGCUUGACUUUACAUCAUCCCGACAGGAAAGACAGAGAACAGGAGGACAAGAUAGGUACAAGCAAGGAAAGUCAUCCAGUUCAUCACAGUGAGCAUAUCAAAAAGCUACAGGCAAUACUGGAUAUACGAUCGAGCACUAUGGCAGAUCCUGACCACAUCUACCAGCAACUCAAUAGUGACACUACAGAAAGUAAAUCCAGCAACAACAACAAGUCCCUACCCUACCUCGUUUCGCCCUUUGGAAGGGAGCAAAGACCUCUAGAGUCUAGCAGGUCUAGUCUGGCAUGUAAGCCUCCUGAUGAGCCUGUGGUCAACUUGGUGUCCAAGAAACAGCGUGAAGCUAAGCCCCAUCCACCAUACCUCUCAAAUCACUCAGACAGAAGCACACUCAAGGCGAGACCCCAGAGCAGAGAGGAGCUAUGGAAAAGGUACAAGCUGGAAAAGAUGUUAAAAGAAAGCCAACAGGACCAAGCGGCGAAGGAGCUGCAGCCUGAGAAAGAAGCAGCUCAGCAGAGUACACACGAGGCGAAACUGGACAAAGCCGAAGGAGAGCAAGCCUCCAGUCACAGCAGCAGGAGCAGCAGUGUCAAGAAUGAGCAUGAAAGGAGGCCAAAAAAGCACAAAAAGGAUAAACGACAAGGAGAGACAGAGCUAGAAGACCUAGAGAGGAAACACAAAAAGUCCAAGAAACAUCAACACUCUCACUGAAGAGGAAUGGUACUUCUGUUCCUUUUUUCUCACAUCCGCCCCCACCCCAACCAAAAAAAUGCCUGAUAGGAUUAUUUUAUUUUCCUCUUGUCGUGUUAAGAUUGGAUCAGUGUCAUCCAACAAUGAAAUGAGCAAAAUGCUCAAGAAAAACCCUUCAUUCUUUCAGUAUAGCUGAAGGUGAAGCUGGAAAAUGUUAGUUUUAUUUAAGUUGACUCACACUUAGUAAUAGUGCUCAGAGAAUUGCGCUGAAUGGGAUUUGUGAUUAAUUUCUGAUUAUGUAUUAUUAAAUUGAACCUCAGUUGCCUGUUUUUGUAAAUUUAAUUUUCAAAAUGAAACUCAUGCUGCUGAUAGGCAAGAAGUUGCCAGCGAAAUAUUUUUUUGUUCCUGUUUU